AUGAAAACUUCUAAGAUUUUCAACCCCGUCGAAGAUUCCGAAGCAUUUCGCAAAAAGGAGAAGUUGUGCAGAAACAAUAAUUUCAAGUAGUAGUAAUAUAUAUUCACUAGUUUUCAACUCAUUUUUCAAACAUUUGAAAGCUUACCAGAGAGAGUAGAAUGACCUCUCUGAUUCAAACUUGAAAUGAUCGAAAAAAGCAAGAAGUUCACAAUGAAUGCGGUUUCAGUAGAAGUUUCACGCGGUUUUAAAUUUCAAAUGACAGUUUUCUCAAGCCCAUUAACCAACCUUUGAAAAAAUUAGAAAAAGUUUUCAAUGAAAAAUAAUGAGCAUUAAAUUAUAGUUAAGUUUUUUUGAUUAUUAACUUUUUUGAAGUCAACUUGAAAGGUUGCAAAUUUUUCAAAGCGAAAAAAAAAAUACAGGAGAACGGGGAAAGUUUUGAAGAGAAAGGUCAAAUGACGUAGGCUACGACGGCUGUAAACAAAAAGCGAAGUUGUUUGGUUCUUUGUUGCAUUCCUGAAAAUCCGAGAAUAAAAAGAAGAAUAAAUUACAUCGUUAUCAGAAAAUAACGAAAAUAAAGGUUUGAAAAUUUUUGUUCAGGUUGUAUCAAGCAGUUGGCAACAGGAGGAAUCAUCCUGCUGUUAGUUUUUCUCAUCCUCAACAACGGAACCACAGGUUCCUUUUUGCCCUUUUAUUGGAUCGUGAAGCUAGAAUUCCAUAGGAAAUUCUUAGUAUUAUAAAAACGCUGUGAGAAUUGAUAGUAGAAUCUGAAAAUUUUUUUAUUAUUUUUUUCGAAACGCUUCUUUUAGACGAUAUUGAAGAAAAACUUCCAAAAGAGGUUUGAAAUGCACCGUAAUAUUUUUGUUGCAAGCAAACUUUCCAUUAUUAUGAAGAAUUAUCUCAUGAGUCUUCUUCAUUGAGUACAUUUGAGGAUUCUGAGCACUGGCCAUCAUCCGAGCAAGGCCAAGGCCCGAAAAAGAACAAUGCCGUCUCCAGCGGCGCCUCGCUCUUUGCCUGUCAACGUGCCGCGUUCCAAGGCAAAAAGCUCCCUCGCUUCCGAACUUGGCGUCUCGGACAACGUCGAUCUCAUUCAGAGAAUCGGUUAUCAAUUUAUCUUUCUUUUUUUUUUUGACCUUCAACCGCUGGCUCGCGCCUUUAUUUUGACCGCAAAAAGCUCGGCUUGAUAUUACUUUAACCACAGGCUGUAUGCAAGAAAAAUUGAUAGAUUCAUCUACGGGGAAUUACCUUAAAAGAUGAAUAGCUCAGACUUUCUCCUUAAUAUUCAAAUACGUUUUCUCCCAUACAAAACCGGCUAAAUAAGUCUUUCAUAUAGGAUUGUGAAAAGAAAACUUUUCAAAUUAAUGUAUGAUAUUAGGCUAUUUACCAUUACUGGGUGAACACGGUAACUUGCGUUCACCAUUUUCUUACUUAUGUCCUCAGCAAACUUUCGGGCGCUAGAAAGGAAUACCUUUCCAUUACUUCGAAAUCUCGUGACAAGCCGUCAGAAUUUUUUUCGCAGAACUUCAUUUUCUAUUUUUUUGAUUUUUUUGUUUUAGUGAUGAAACGUGCGAUGGGCAAGGCAGCCAACAGGGAACAAAUCGUGGAAAUCGAAUCUCCGCAGAUUUCCAGGCUGUCAGUUUUUUUUUCUGGUUGAGGUUUUUCGGUGUCGAUUAAUAGGGCUCAUGGUGGCCUUUCAUGUUUUCUUUUCUUUUUGAAGUAUCAAAAAUUUUCGAAAAAAUAAUAAUGAUUGAUGGCGGCUCAGCCACCUUUUCUUUUCGCAAUAGUGGCGAAAAUCUCAAAGGUGACUGAAACUUUCCUUGAGCUGUAUUUUUAUGCAGCACUUCAUUUUCGUAACAUCGGACUGUAUGGCGAAGCUGCAGGGGAGGGAAAAGACCACGAAUGAGUUUACUAAAAAUAAAUAAAAUCAUAAUAAGUACAAAUCAACUGUCAGAGAGUAAAAAAAAACUACUACAUUUUUGAAAGUCAAAUUUAUUUUGAUUUUCACCGAAUUGCUUUGAAAACGAAAAGGCGCCGCAGCGCAAAUCUUGUGGGCCUUUCAACGGUCCACAGGGUCACAAGUUCGAUCCCCGCCUCGACCCAAGCAAGAGGUUUAAAAAAUGUUGGUAGUGGAAAACCACGACUUUAAACCCCCGGUAGUCACACACAAGGACGGAUAGGUCGCUAGAGCCGGUCCACUGAUUAUCACUGAUCAGGAUAGGACCUCGGCUAAUCGAUUUGGGGCGCCGACGUCGCUCAACCGGUAUAAAGACGUAAGAAGUAGAACUCUUUGAAAAUGAAACUAUAUCAAAAUGUCCUUCGAGCUCAAAACUUUAUAAAAUUUCUUUAAAAAAAAUGCUGAAAAACCAAAUUCUAUAAAAUAACCAGGGAUUAUUAGAUCUGAUCAGAACUGUUAUGAAAUCGAGCUCAUUGGAUAAUUUUUAAAAGAUUCAAAUGUGUUCAAUCGGGAGAAUGGUCAUCAACUGGCCGUGAUCUCAGCGGGAGCAGUUGCGUGUCCUUCAUUUCGCAACGAAAACUCCUCGGAAAUAGAAAACAAACGUUGUUUAUGCAUUCCUUGCACACCGAAACACAGCUCCCUCCUAUUUUUUUUUUCGAUAUUUGUCCAAAACUACUCCAAGGAUUUUGCCGAUGUCAAAAGUCUUUGAAGUCCUUGCACAGUUCAAAAGAUUGCCGUUUGGUCUUUCGAAUCCUCUCAGCAACUACAACCAGCUGUUUGCCGAACGCAAGAUUUUUCAUAGGUUUAUCAAUAGUCUGAUUACCGAUAAGAAGAAUUUUUAUCAUAAUCUUUUGUUCGAGAAUGUGAAAAAUAAUUCGUGGUCCAGAAAUUAUUUCUUGAGUUGCGACUAGAAAUUUUAAUUCCUUAAAAUUGAGACUUCUUCUUUAAAAUACUGUAGAGCAAAUAUUUUCUCAACUUUUCACUGGCUGUUUUUCAAACUUUUCCUUUCGAGCAGGCUUGUGCGACGGCCAUUUCGUAAGCCCGGCCCGGCUCGGCCUUACCGGGGCCUCAAGAAAAAAUGGCCCGCCCGGCCCAAAACGCGCAAUUUUUUCUAGUCGGAUAUCAAGUUUUUUUUACGGCAAAAGUUACGUUUUCGCCCAUUUUUUCACUUAAAGUUUAACAAAAACUAUGAUUUCAAAAGUAAAAGUAACAUAUCAGUGAAAAUAUAUUAAAUGGAAUUUUAAAUUUGUUUUGAAGCCCGGCCCGGCCUGAGCCCACGCGGGUUUUUUUUCCUGAAAAUGAGGCCCAAAGCCCGGGCCGCGCCGCCCGGCCUGACGCACAAGCCUGCUUUCGAGCUGAACUUUUUUUUUUCGUGGAAACUUUGCUCUUUUGAGAAUGAGCGGGGCGAAAUGCGAGUGAAAAAAAAUUCAUUCUCCUUCUAAUAAUGCUUUGAAGUGAAUCGAAUUCACAAAUUUUAGAAUAUUCAUUAUGUACAAUUUCAACUACUGAAAUUGACCCUUUCUUAACAAUUUCUCGAAACAAUCAGGGUUGUUUAAAGGCGUAGAUUGGAUACCUAACAGAGAAAAAGCCUAUGCGGCGCCAUUCUUGCAUGUUUAUAAUCCUUAAACACAGUGAACUAAAACAAUUAAAAUGUUUUUUCCUUCUAACAUGAUGUAACCAAAGAUGUUCAGGCCGGUGAUCGAAGAAGCGAAAGUGGAAUCCGACGCCGACACGACUUUUUCCUUCUCGUGCUCCUCGUCCUCAUCGACUUCCUCUUCAUCGUCCCCGACGAAAGAACCAACCCCAAAAAGGUUUGCUUUUCCAUCUACCGUUAUCUUGUUUUCGGUGUUCGUCGUAAACAACGGACAAUUGUCUUUCGAAUUUAUAUUAUUCUCCAAAACAUUACGGCGAUUUGCAACAUUUUUUUUAUUUGUGAGAAAACUCAAUCUCUUCACUUUGAAAGGAAUUAUUCAAUUUUUUUCGCUUUUUUUUCCAAUAACUUCAAGCUUCUGAACAAAAAUGGAACGCUACUGAAUGAAAAUAAAUGUUUUUCGUCAUGAAGGGCAUUUUUUGAACCUCAAGUAUCCGAAUAAGUUCUUUCAACUGACCCUGGCUUGAUUUGGAUGCGCGGUGAUCGGUAUUGAAAUUUUUCUGCAGCUUUGGCAAAAUCUGUGUUGUUUGAAGACUUCCAGAUCUCCUUGUCAAAUACUUUAAAAACGUUGAUUCUCGUAAAACUUGAGUUCUUCUUGUGAUAGCGCGACCAAUCUUUUUUUCACAGUUCGGAAUUAAACAAUGAUUACUUGAAUGUUGAUAUUUCAUCAAAUUAGCGAAACUGUGUGAAGUUUUUAAUAUCUUAUUUGUUUUCGCCUUAAAUGAAAUUACUUUUUUUUCGUUUCAGAAAAUUGCGCAAAGGGAUCCUUAUGAACCCGAAGUCUGAGAAUGACGUCAGCAAAGAGUGUACCGCAGCGGCCGCCCCCUUUCGUACUUCUUUAGGUAGUUUACUUUUGUGAGGGAUUCGGCUUCAAAAGUUAUCUUGCAGUUUUGAAGAGGGAAUGUGCCAGAGUGGAGGAAAUCGAUGUGGUCGUGAUCAGUGAUGAUGGUUUGAACCUUUUCAACCUGAAAUAACGGAAAUUUGCAUUUUCUAUUGAUCUGAAAGAAGGAUAGUUAGACGAAGAAGCUUCUCUAGCUACUUUGAUAUGAACUAGCAACUCGUUUCAUUCCAAUGAGAAAGCUAAAGAAAGCCUCGAUCAUUGCUUUAUUUUAUUUUAGAGAUGGAAAAAGUUUUCAGAAGGGGAAGUGGUUUGUCUGCGGGACGCGACGACUGUUGAGAAAGCGGUGGAAGUGGAAAUCGAAGAGAUCAGCUCCGUAUGUUGUCUUUUCUGUCGAGUAACGAUUUCCUUCAAUUCAGAACAGCGCUGGAUCUUCGAUUGGAUCAAAAACCGAAAAGAUCAAGCAAAAUGAUAAAAAGGUCAGGAUUUCGCACCUUUUCGAUAUCUCAAUAUUUUUCUUUCAGUUAACAAAAAAGUCGUCAGUGUUGGAAAAUAUCGAGGACUGCCUUAAUAAACAGUCAUUUCUGAAAAAGAAUGAGAAGCUUCGAUUUUGGGAAACUGUUCAGGUGAAACGGAGACUUAGGCAACUCUCAAUACCAUUCGUUUUGGAAAAUGAAUUCAAAAAGACUUGCUUUGUGCUUUUUAAAGACAUUUCUUGAUGUAAAUAAAGCUUCUAGGAGAAAAAAAUUUUGGUCAUAAUUUUUUUAUUUUUAGAGAAUCCAUUAGCGAGAAAAAUUAGGGAAGGAGGAGCUGAAUAGGUGUUUCGGAACCCUUGAAACGAAUAAAUGGGAUAAGUUCCACUUUUACCCCAUUUGAGAACAGUUUCCAAGCAAUUGCGGAAGAUCUUUCGGAUUAUGCUCAUGCAGAAGAUUCUUUUAGAAGAGUUGAUGGGUUUCUUCGAUUUUUAGAAUUAAUCAACGAUUGAUAAACCUCCCACCAAUUUGACAGGUUUUAAAGAAGCUGUACGAUGCUUUUUUUUAAUAAUUAAAUAGCUAUGAACUUUGAAAUAUUUGCCAUUUGUUGUUAAAUCGAAUAAAAACAUGAUUACGCUUUUAAAACUUGAUUUCUUUUUCCGUAAAGAAAGUAUUUUUUAUCGAAUAACGAUCUUCAUCGUUUUUUUUUCCUCUUACUCAAGAGUUUGAUGACAUUAAAAUCAGUUUCAAUCUUAGAUUUUUCAGAAUCCUGAUGCUUUUUCUCUUUGCCGAGGCCCUCACGCCGAUUUCCGGGUCUGCAGCUACAAUAUUCUUUGUCAGGACACAAUAAGCAAAACAAUGUAUCUGUACAGGCAUUUAAGGUGCUUUUUUUGAAGUUAUUUCGAGAAUCCGAAACUGAAAGAUUCUAAAGGAACAGUUCUCAGAGAUAAUCACUGUUUUUUAAAAUUCAUAAUCUUCGACUAAAAAAAUGAAGGGUUCAGUCGCGAGCAACAUCUUUUGAAUUGGGAAGUUCGAUGGCAGAAAUUACGCGAAGAACUUAGUUCCAUUGACGCCGACGUUUUUGGCCUCCAGGUGAUUAUUCUUGACGUAAAUUCAAAAAGGUUGUCAUUAAGGAAGUUCAAGAAUGCCAUUUCAACGAUUACAUCAAACCUUUCUUCAAGAAAAGUUGGUUUUCCUAUUAUUAUUUUGUUUUGAAUGAUUUGAAUUAGAACUUUACCGUUUUUCUGAAUUUUUGAGCCCCAUAGUUGAUUCGGAAAGAGGUAUUUAAAUAAUAUUUAAAAUUCGAUUAGAUUUGUGUUUCUUCUCACGGAGCGUAGAUACUGGAGCUCGGAUUUGAAGUUUCAAACUUCUAACAGCUUUUUUGAAUAAGUCAUUUUGGGUUCUAUGUUUUCCAGGAGGUUACGCAGGUCUUCUGAAAACUCGUACUGGCGGGUUAUUCAUCGACGGCUGUGCAAUUUUUUAUAAGCCGCACAAGUUCGACAUUCUGGAAUACCGUUUUGUCGAGUACUUUGUAGCCCCGAAUACAAAUAUGGAUCGGGAACAAAUAGGUGAAACGCUUCUGAAGUCAAUGUCAAACUGUCAGAUUUCAGCGCAAAUCGCAAAACUCAGAUGCAGAGUGACUGGCGAAAUCGUACUCUUCGCCAACACUCACCUUUUGUUCAACAAAACACGCGGGGACGUGAAACUCGGACAACUCGCGUUGCUUUUCGCCAAUAUUCACGAUGUGAGUCUUCGACUUUAUUUUGUUAUUUGGAGAGGGAGUUCUCCAAAGGUUCUAAUCAGCGUUUUCGCCUUAUGAAAAUUUCAAACUAUUUUGAAAACAGUUGUGAAAAUCUAAACCAAAAUUUGCAAAAUUAAACUGGAUGAACAUGGUGAACGCUUCAGAUGAAGGCGUCGACCGGAAAUCCUUGUUCUGUCAUCGUCACCGGAGAUUUCAACAUGGAGCCCAACUCCGCCGUCUACAGAUACGCCGCUAAUGGAAUGUUCGUUGCUCAGGAAACAGACAUUCAGCUUAACUUCUUAGAGAAUUGCAUAAUAAAAUAAAAAACCAUUGGCAAAGAAUGGCUAAUUUUUCUUAUAAUAUUUGACUUCUUACUUCUAAAUCCUUAUUUUAUUUUCUUCUGGUUGUGAUUUUUGCUUCAUGAUUAUAUAGACCCCUUUUGAGGACAAACAUAUUUCUAAAACAAAAGUUUGCUUGCUUCAUGACUUGUCAAAAAUGCAGGAUCAACUUGGGAGGUCUGCCGCGAAGAGAACUUUCUGGUCAAGGCGAGAAGGGCGGAACUCCGCUCGACGCUUGCGUCAUCUUACCGCCGGCUUGCGGCGUACUGCGCGACGGGAUGUUCGCGUCCGCAUGCGGAAUGAGUGAGAAGAAAGGUUUUUCCACUUGAGCCUCUGCUUUUCAGAACCGAACCGCGUUAUCGCGGCCAACGUCUUCUGUCAUCCGAUCAAACUACAUUCGGUUUACACACAUGGUUGUUCUGAAAAUUCCGAGGUCUCCACGUACCACGCUGACAGCGGCAAUCCCGACUUUAUUUUUUACAGCGUCAAGGAGAAAAGUUUCAAAGGAGAGGUUCGUUGAUUUCUGAUAGGUUUUUGUUUUCUAAGUGAAGAAAAUUUUGGAUGAAAACAUUUUGAUACAAUUGCUCGACCUCCAGAAAAGGCAAUUUUGAUACGCCAACUCUCAAAAAAAACGAGAAAUUGCGCAGUUGAGACUCUUCAGAUUUUGAUGCAUACGGUUUUCGAAAAGCUCUGCGAUUCCGAUGAAGUUACCUCUAUUGACAGAUUUUCUCUUUUAGCGUUGAAGGCUGGCUCAAAAUUUACAUUGAAACUGAGAAAAAUUUUCACCUUUCCCUUUUUUACAACUAAACUUCGUUUAGGGGGUGUCGGUUAAAGAGUCUCCUUGUCUGAAACUCAUGUCCCGCUACUCGUUGCCGACCCGUCGCGGUCUUCGCGGUCUCUCGCCUUGGCCCAACUUCUACGUUCCGAGUGACCAUAUCCCUUUGAUCGCCAACUUCCGACUAACUGGUCCUUCGUUUUGA